GCAGCCCGAGGGUCGCCAGGACGAUGGCUGCAGCUAGUCAGGCACAUGGAAACCAAGGAACAGGUCGUGUCUGGAAGUUACUGAGCUUUGUCAUUGCUCUACCAGGAGUUGGUGUCUGUAUGCUGAAUGCUUUUCUAAAGAAAUCAAGCAAACCUCCAGAAUUUGUGCCUUACGCUCACCUCCGGAUUCGCAACAAGCCUUUUCCUUGGGGUGAUGGGAAUCAUACAUUAUUCCAUAAUUCGCAUGUGAACCCAUUACCCACUGGCUAUGAAAAAUAAAGCUUUAAAUUAAUUGGUGGAAAUUCCAGCUUCAAUGUAAUUUGUA